UUGAUUGUACAACAGCGUAGUAAAUAAAGUUGGUUUAUUACGUUUGAUCAUUUUAAUAGUGAUUUAAGUUGAUUAACUUCUUUUUUAAAUGGGUGAUAGUGGUAGUGACUCUGAUUAUACAAGUUAUAAAAGUAAAAAAAAAAACAAAAAAAAAAAACCAGAUGAUUAUAAAAGGAACAAGAUUACGAUAUCUAGGCUUACUGAUGUGGCAUAUGAAAACCCCAGGGGACAAAAAGUUGAUGCAAAGUCUAUCGGAGAUCCAUGCAGGUAAAAGCUAAUACAGAAUGUCCAACUGAUUGCACAUGCUCUAAUGGCAAUGGCACAAUAAAACGUUUUUGUUCUUUUGGAUUUUAUUUCAAUGCAACAUCAGGUGCUUGUCAAGAUAUCAAUGAGUGCUUGAUAAACUGCAAAUAUGAUCAAUCUAUCUGUACAAAUUAUAUUGGUUCAUUUAACUGUUCCUGUCCCAAAGGAUCAGUUUAUAAUUUACUUGUUCAGGAUUGUGUAGCAAUAUCAACUUUGAGUUCAUUUGUAACUUCAACAACAAUUGUAUCAAGUUUCAACAAUUCAUUUAUUAACCAAACUACACCAAGAUUAAGUUCGUUUGUACCUUCAACAACUGUAUCAAGUUUUAACAAUUCAUUUGUUAACCAAAGUUGUCUGGCUGAUUGUACAUGCUCCAAUGGCACAAUACAACGUUUUUGCUCUUUUGGAUUUUAUUUCAAUGCAACAUUAAGUACUUGCCAAGAUAUCAAUGAGUGCUUGACAAACUGCAAAUAUAAUCAGUCUAUCUGUAUAAAUCUCAAUGGCUCAUUUAAUUGUUCCUGUCCCAAAGGAUCAAUUUAUAAUUUUCAAAUUCGGGAUUGUGCAGCUUUCUCAAUGAUCCAAUCAAGUUAUAGUAUAAAAGUGGUACCAAGUGGUUAUUUAAGUUCAUUAGACACAUUAUCUUCAACAGUGGUUCUAUCCAAUUACAGUAUAAAAAAAGUGUCACCAAGUGGUUAUUUAAGUUCAUUAGACACAUUAUCUUCAACAGCGGUUCUAUCCAAUUACAGUAUAAAAAAAGUGUCACCAAGUGGUUAUUUAAGUUCAUUAGACACAUUAUCUUCAACAGCGGUUCUAUCCAAUUACAGUAUAAAAAAAGUGUCACCAAGUGGUUAUUUAAGUUCAUUAGACACAUUAACUUCAACAGUGGUUCUAUCCAAUUACAGUAUUAAAAAAGUGACACUAAGUGGUUAUUUAAGUUUCUUAGACACAUUACCUUCAACAGUGGUUCUAUCCAAUUACAGUAUAAAAAAAAUGACACCCAGUAGUUAUUUAAGUUCAUUAGACACAUUAACUUCAACAGUGGUUCUAUCGAGUUAUAGAAUAAAAGAUUUGACACCAAGUUCUUUUAGUUCAUUAAACACAUCAACUUCAACAGUGGUUCUAUCAAGUUUAAGCAUUCCACUUUUGAAACAAACUUCUACUAUAAUUCAACUCAAUUCAAGUGUUAAAAAUAAUAAAACUUUUCAAAUAAAUGAAUCAAGUUCUAUUAUUAAAAAUGUAGCAACUUCAACACUAAUUCAAUCAAGUUUCAGUCUAUUUGUUGAGCAAAAAGAGCAAUCAAGUUUUAUUGUUAAAAAUGUAGUUUCAAGUGGUCAUUUGAAUUUAUUAGAAAUUGCAACUUCAAGAAUAAUUCAAUCAAGUCUUCCAUUAGUUGCACGAACUUCAGCUCCUGUAAUUCAGUUAUUUUCAAGUACAGUUCAUGUUGAUAAAAUGCAAACAGGUUUUAGCAUUAAAAACAUGGUAUCAAGUAAUCACUUGAAUGCAUUAAACAUUACAACUUCAACAGUAAUUUAUUCUAGUUUCAAUCAAUCAUUUGUUAAACAAAGUUAUUGCAAGGAAGAAACAAUUGGUUCAGUAAAUUUUACAGGUUUAUACACGUUUCCUGUUACACAUGUGAAUAUUUAUUCCACUCAAACGGUAUCAAUUCCUUGUGUCUACAAUACAAGUAUAAUGUUAAAUCGUCAAUGCAUUCAAAGUGAUCCAGCUAGUAGUCCAUAUUGGAGCACAGUAAAUCUUUACACAUGUCCUUCAAAGACAGAAACUUCUCAAUUACUUAUCAAACUACAAUUGACAAAUAUUACAAGUUCGAAUGCUCAGCCGAUUGCUAGCAACUUAAAAAAUGUCUUAGAAAAUGGUAUUGUCACAAAUGAAUAUGAUGUAUAUAUUGUAUCCAAUAUCAUUAAAAAUAUUAUUAAACCAAGCUCAUUGCUAUCAGAAAUGGUCACCAAUGAUGUUUUAUCUUCAGUUGAUAUAAUAUUAGGAGUAAGUCCACACAUUAUAGAUGUUGCUAAUAAAGUGUUUAAUUCAUCAUCACAGUAUUUAUCUUCAUUAGAUAUGCUUGCUAUGCAACAAACAAAAAACAUUACAAUUUCAAAGACUAACCUGGCGUUUUUAACUUACUUUCCUUUAACUCUUAGUUCAUUGUAUAUUUAUGCUAAUCCUGCUGUGAAUAACAUAAAUUUAUCUAUAACAGAUAAAGAUCUGAGGUUAUCUUUAGAAAACCUUCAAGCCCACAUAUUUUUACCUGUUCAAGUAUUUAAAGGUAACACUGGAAAUGUUUAUUCGUAUGUUUUCAAACAAGGUUUAUUUUUUAAAGAACAAGUAUCUACUAAUCGCUCUGUAAUUAGUUGGAUUCUGUCAGCUACAGUUAAUGGAUUGAAAAUAGAGAACUCUACUGUCCCUGUUGAAAUGAGCUUUCCUAGUAAUUCUAGUGGCCUAAAGGAGUGUAGUUUUUGGAGAUCAGAAAGUAGCAUAUGGUCAUCCGAUGGUUGUCACAAUGUUAACAGUAAUCAAACGUCAUAUGUACAAUGUGAAUGUAAUCAUCUUACAAACUUUGCAUUGAUAUUAGAUACUGAUCAAUCUGGGAAUAAUCCGUUGGCACUUCAAAUUGUUACUUGGAUUGGCUGUAGUAUUUCUAUAGCUGGCUUAUUUAUAACAAUCAUUUGCCAUCUAUUUUUUCGAAAAUAUCAAACCCAACUUGCUCCAAGAAUUUUAAUUGCUUUAUCUAGCAAUCUGAUGAUUACACUUAUAAUCUUUUUGGCUUUGGUUGAAAGAACCAAACCUCGAAUUUUGUGCCAAGUGGUUGCAUCACUUAUUCAGUUUUUUCUAUUGUCAACAUUCUGUUGGAUGGUUGUUGAAGGAUUUAAUCUUUAUAGAAUGUUUGUCAAAGUUUUUCAUAAUUCUGCUAGCUUGAAUGUAUUUAUGUUAAAAGCAUUUGCAUUUGCUUGGGGCAUUCCUCUUAUCAUAACAGUGACAACAGCUGUUGUUAAACCAGAUGCUUUAGGUCCAGCAACCAAUGAUGACCCACCAAUAUGCGUUGUUCGUGGUUAUGUGUUUUACUAUGCCGUUCUUUUGCCAGUUUGUAUUGUAAUUUUAAGCAACUUUAUUGUACUCUUUGUUGUUCAAAAUGGAAUCGUUCGCUGUGCUAAAUUGAUGCAUGGUUCUAAAUCAAAAAAAAGAAAAGGUUUUGCUAAUGUUCGCAUAGCUUUUGGGUUCACCAUAUUGCUAGGCACGACUUGGGUGUUUGCAAUUUUAGCCGUCGGAAGUUUACGAGAUCUAUUUCAAUGGUUAUUUUGUAUAUUUAACUCGUUGCAAGGACUUUUUAUUUUCAUAUUUUACACUCUGCGAAGCAAAGAAGUAAAGGAAUAUUGGUCAUCAUUUUUCGGAAAUAAAAGCGUUAAUACCUCGACUCACUCAACUUUGGAUAUGACUACAUUUUCUGAAACCUCUUCGAGGUUGGAGAACGUAUCAACUAAAUCCAAAUAUUCAAGGAAGAGUAAACAUCAGUGAAUAAGUAACUGAAUACUUAUUUGUUAUUUAUCUUUUUAUAUGGUAUUUACUGCAGUUUUUAUAUUGGCACAAAAUAAAAAUAUAAGUAGUUUUGUUGCUUAA